AGAGGAAGCUGUCAGAUCUCCAGCUUUCUGUGGAAGAACCAGCAGAAGUUCGAGAGAGAGCUGGAGAACCUGAAGCUGGUGGAGGAGACGCUCGACAGCCUCAUCAAAAGCUGCGCCCAGCAGCUCUUCGACAUGACCGACGACAUGGACAACGCCGCGUUGGCUUAUGUGACCCAUGAGGACAUCAGCCGGGUCAGAGCCUUCGAGGAGCAGACGGUGAUCGUCGUCAAAGCUCCGGAGGAAACCAAGUUGGAAGUUCCUGCGCCCAAAGAGGACAGCAUCCAGGUCCAUCUGAAGGGGGGGAGGGGUCCCAUCAUGGUGGUGACCUGCGAUAUCGAGGCAGGAGACGCGACUACGGAGAAGAGCAGCUGCUUCUUAACGCUGGAGGAAAGCCGGAUAAAGACGGCCACGCUGCACACAGAGCAUUUUUCUGUGGAAAGAGCACUGGAGCUGAUCUGGCUACCUGAUGGAGACGAGUCAGAUUUGGAUAAUUUGUCUGACAACGAUGAUGCCAUCCUGGAUGCUGGUUAUCAGCCCCCACCACAGGUUCAAAGCAGCAGUGAGGACGACAGUAGUGGUGAAGAAGACCCCAUUCCCACUGAGCACAGCAGGGGACGUAAACGUCUCCGUUGUCAGAAUAAUGAUUCAGGGACAGGGACAGGUACAGGUUCAGACUAUGAAGCCAGAUCCCACACUCCCAGACGUCCCCGUCAAACACAACGGAUUGAAGCUGAUGACUCAAAUAAUGGCCCAGAAGAGCCAACACCAGGACCAAGCCCUCAGGGACAAUCCAAUAAAGGACGUGGAAUACGCUGGAGGGCUACUCCAUUGACGCCAAACCUUGCCGAGUUUGAGCAUGAGGACGAUACUGAGCAGGACAGACAUGGCUAGACCCCACUAAACUAUUUUGAACAGUACAUAGAUAAAGAUUUGAUGAAAGUUAUUUCAGAUUGCUCUAAUGCUAUGUCACUAGCCAGGAGUGGGGACCCACUCAGCACAUCAGUAGAUGAAGUUUACCAUUUUUUUGGUGCCUGUAUUUUGAUGUCCUGCGUCGGAUACCCAAAAAUCAGGAUGUACUGGUCCAAAGCCUUGAGAUUCACUGCCAUCACUGAUAGAUUCACGCGCGACAGAUUCUUCAGACUGAGGCAGUCAUUAAAAGUGCUAAUUGAUGACGAUGUGCCAGAAGACCUGAGGAAGAGUGACAAAUUCUGGAAGGUGAGGCCUUUUCUGGAUCAGAUUCUGCAAGGCUGCAGGUCUCAGACCCGACCUGAAUGCAUAUUGAUCGAUGAGCAGAUGAUACCUUUCACAGGAGCCUGUCCAUGUAGACAAUGUCUGCCAAUGAAGCCAAACCCAGUUGGCAUAAAGAACUUUGUUUGUGCUACAGCAGAUGGCAUUGUGCUGGAUACAGGUAGGUACAGGUGCACUGCUUGAGCAGGUUGAAGAACCAGAGGGUCUGGGUUUGGGAAGCUUAGUCAUCGCUCGUCUGUGUCAAACUCUGCAUCGUGGCACAAAAGUGUAUAGCGACCGGUUCUUCACAAGCAUCCAAUGUGCAGAACAACUGAUGAAGAAGGAGCUGUACGUGACCGGUACAGUAAUGAAGAACCGGGUCGCUGCAGCGGUGCAGAAGUUACCCACUGACAUAACCAUGAAAAA